AUGAUAAGCCCUUACUGCCUGCUCCUCCUGCCGCUGGGCGCCUGCUUUCUUCUGCUGGGCACAGAAGAGGCCGCCGCGGGUGGCGUCAGAGGCGAAAUGGGCUGGGCCCACCUGCCCGGGGGACACCGAGUCUCCCUCCCACGGGGCUCCCCCCGGCGGCCGAGAGCUCCGCACCCACUGGGCCUGCUUGUCACGGCCAAGGAGCUGCAGACGUCCGGCAGGCAGCGUGCUGGCUUCAGGGUCCGGUUUGGGAGGCAGGAUGACGGCAGCGAGGCGACCGGCUUCCUCCUGGCGGAUGGCGACAAGGCUAGCGGCCCAUUGGGGACCCUGGCUGAGGAGCUCAGCGGUUACAGCAGGAAGAAAGGCGGCUUCAGCUUCCGCUUUGGCCGGCGGUGA